AUGGGGUGCAAAGCACCGCCCAAGUGGGCAGCAAAGUGGCCACAGGGCUUGGAUCUGCUCCUCAAAGCGAGGCAACAUGCAAGAGCGCAGACCAUCCUGCAGUUCUUCGUGGACAUAGUGAACUCUAGCGGUCCGACGCAUGAGCAGCAGUUGCUCGGAGCUCGCGGUAUCAAUACGGUUGAACCACGCAACAUCGAAGAAAUCCUCUCUACCCAGUUUGAAGACUUCAGUCUUGGGCUCCGACCCAAGCAUUUUGCUCCAUUGAUGGGAAGCGGGAUUUUUACCCAAGACGGUGCAGCAUGGAGACACUCGCGGGCGCUACUCCGUCCCCAAUUCACUUCCAAUCGCUACCAGAACUUCGAGGAGAUGAAAAAGUCGGUCGAAAGCCUCAUCGAUCAAAUUCGUCCCGACAGCAUUGUUGAUCUCCAACCGUUAUUCUUUCGUUUGACCUUCGACACGACGACAUUCCUGCUUUUUGGCAAAACAUUGAGCUCUUUGCAAAGCAGUGACAUUGCUGGACAAGAGUCUGAGUUUGCAGCAGCCUUUAAUUUGGGACAGGAUUACUUGUCGCAUCGUGGCAGGCUGGGAGAGUUGUACUGGCUUGCGGGUACUCCCGAGUUCUGGCAAGCUUGCAAGACUUCUCAUCGCUUCGUUGACGACGCGAUUCAAAGAGCAUUGGACAAUGCGGAGAAUACGGAACCCGAGAAAGUAGAAGCCGAGGACAGGAAGCAUUAUGUGUUUAUCGACGCGCUCAUCCAAGAGACUCGGAACAAGAAGGAACUUCGCGACCAGUGUCUCAAUGUGUUACUGGCGGGCAGAGACACAACAGCAUGCUGCCUCACCUGGACCUUGCGCCUGCUGGUCCGUCACCCUAAAGUUUUGGAAAGGUUACGUUCGGAAAUAGAGGCAGUAGUAGGCCUCGGACAGCAUGCGCCUCAGCCAAGUCGGGUGGAUCUGAAGAAGAUGAGAUAUCUUGAUCUCAUUCUGAAGGAGGUACUUCGCCUCUACCCAUCCGUGCCGGUCAACUCUCGCGCAGCAUUGAAGACGACGACACUUCCUGUUGGAGGAGGCCCAGAUGGAAAGUCGCCGAUAUUGGUCAGGAAAGGCGAGGCUGUCGGUUACUGCGUAUACGCUAUGCAUCGACGUACAGACAUCUACGGCGAAGAUGCGCUCGAGUUCCGCCCUGAGAGGUGGGAGGAUGGAUCACUGUUGCGAGAUGUGGGUUACGGGUAUCUUCCCUUCAAUGGCGGGCCACGAGUUUGCCUGGGUCAAGAGUUUGCCCUGCUGGAGGCGGGAUAUACUGUAGCGAGGUUGGUACAAAUGUUCCCUUCCAUGACUGUUCCGAAGGAUGACCCUGUUGUCCCUACUGGCCGGGAAAAGCAGACCUUGACGUUGGUAGUUGCUUCGGGAGAUGGAUGCCGUGUACACAUGCGCUCGUAG